AUUAUAAUCAACGAGUCCGCUUCCAGCGCUGCGCGCGUGCAGAGUAGAUGUGUUGUGAGGAAACACGCUGCUCUGUCCACUGCCUGACGUCACCCCGGCGAGCGCUUCCAUAGAUGCGAGCGCGAGAGUACAGUGACAGCGCCUCGUCCACUGUACGCAACACUGAGCGCGGCUCAGCUCUAUCUCAGGCUCUACGCGAGAAACGGCAGCAGAUCAUGGAAUGUGACUAGGCAACAUCCCGCGUUAUUUGAGGCCGGUCGUCCGCCCAGCACUCACGGGGUGCAGUACUUUAAACCCACCUUUACCAUUAUUUUAAUCAAGUGAUCACUGCCCUCCUGUGAUUCGGGGAUAACGUUGGAAGCUUUAUAAUUUGUAUUAAUUAUUCCUCGAGUUUCUAUUCCACUCUAACGGUUCGACUCAGACUUCAAGCUGAGGCUCAAUAACUGGAUUUUAUCGGUGGAACAAAAGGCGACUGCUGCUGUCUGGAUAUUAAAUUUUACUCUUGGAUUAUUGUCUCAGCAUCAUGAGCACGAGUGUACCCUAUCAGCAAAGCUCAUGCAGCAGUGAACGGAGCUCCGGACCAAUCCACUGCUUUCGCUGCCGGGAGGUGUGCAGAGGAGAGGUGGUACGAGUGCAGCAUGCGCACUUCCACAUCAAAUGCUUCACCUGCCAAGUGUGUGGCUGUGAUUUGGCACAUUCUGGAUUCUUCCAGAAGAGUGGUGAGUACAUCUGCACAGCAGACUACCAGCGCCUGUACGGCACAAAGUGUGACAGCUGUGGGGACUUUAUCUCAGGGGAGGUGGUCUCUGCUCUGGGCCGCACAUAUCAUCCACAGUGUUUCGUCUGCAGCGUGUGCAGGAAACCUUUUCCAAUUGGGGACAGAGUGACGUUCAGUGGUAAAGAAUGUGUCUGUCAGCACUGUUCCCUCAAGCUGGUUAAUUCCAAUGAGCCAAUCAAAAUCCAUGGGCCCAGCCACUGUGCAGGUUGUAAGGAGGAGAUCAAACAGGGUCAAUCUCUGCUGGCAUUAGAGAAACAGUGGCACGUCAGCUGCUUCAGGUGUCAGACCUGCGGCCUGGUCCUGACGGGAGAGUACAUCAGCAAACCACCUGCUGGAGGGAAGCACUACCACCCCACUUGUGCUCGCUGUGCCAGGUGUAAGAUGACGUUUAUAGAAGGAGAGGAGAUGUAUCUCACAGGUUCAGAGGUGUGGCAUCCUGUGUGUAAACAAGCAUCUCGAGCAGAGAGGAAACUGAGACUCAGACGCACAUCAGAAACCUCCAUCUCUCCGCCAGGCUCUAGCAUUAGUUCACCCAGCAGAGUCAUCUGUGCAAAAAUGGAGAACGAGAUCCUUGAUUACAAAGACUUGGCGGCGCUACCUAAGGUUAAAGCCAUUUAUGAAGUGCAGAGGCCAGACUUCUGGUCCAAUGAGCCCAGUCACAGAUACUGCUCCGAUGACAGGCUAGAGCGUCUCAGCUUUGGGGAGUCUUUGGGCACACUCUCCCCUUAUUCUCAGGACAUGUAUGACAGUAUGGACAUGAGGAUGAGAAGAUCCUCCAGUCCGGGGUACAUAGACUCCCCCACCUACAGCAGACAGGGCAUGUCUCCCAUCAUGCCCCGCUCUCCACAGCACUACUACAGAUACGGCACUGAGAGUGGCAGAAGUUCACCCUAUUACAAUCAGCUAGAUGCCCGGUCCAGCACGCCCACCACAAACCAAGCUCCCAAGCAUUUCCAUGUGCCAGCCACAGGGGAGCCCAACAUCUACAGGAAGCCUCCCAUCUAUAAGAGACAUGCAACCAAGAGCAAGACAAGUGAGGACAUUGUCCAAUCUUCCAAAUUCCCAUCAGCCUACUCGCCUGAACACUACCAGCACUCAGAGUCUGAUUACUACCAUUACACCAGCUCUCCUAAAUGUAAGAUCACAGCUCCUCGGACAAACUUUGCAGCGGAGAAUGACUACAUAUCCAAGUCAGCCUCUUUGCCCGGAUAUGGCAGGAAUGGAUUGCACAGGCCACAAAGUGCAGACUACUAUCAGUAUGACAGUGGUAGUGAAGUCACCUGGGGAAUCAGAGAGUACAAGAUCUACCCAUAUGAAGCACUUAUUGUGACCACUAGGGGGCGUAAUAAGUUGCCAAAGGAUGUAGACCGGGCCAGAUUGGAGCGGCAUCUUUCCCCUGAGGAGUUCUAUCAGGUGUUUGGGAUGACAAUGGUGGAGUUUGACCGUCUGGCACUGUGGAAGAAGAACGAGAUGAAGAAACAAGCCCGGCUGUUCUAACAUUUCUGUCCCACAUACACAAAGAGACCUGAAUACCUGUUCCAGUCUAACUAAACAAACACAUCCUCAGACACAUAGUCAUGCCUGGUCUGUACCUAGAAAUUGUGCAACUGUUCUUUGUGACAGAUGCAUAUAAAUGAUCAGACAGGCUAGAAUAAUUGACAAAGAAAGACAGAAAUAAAUAACAUAAACAGAAUGGUGGGAACAUUUUAGUUUUACUUGAGUGUAAAGUGGUUCUUGGACACAUUUUAUUUUGUUUCUGAAUGACAAAACUAAGGAAUCAGGAAUUGUAAGGAUUUUGAAUUUUGCCUUAUGUUCUCUAUUAAUUUAUCCACCAGCAAAGUGAGUGAAGAGAAUGUAAAUAUGAUUAAUACAACUAUAAUGAGAGUGGAUGAAUCAUUCGACAUCAUCCAUCAAGUACAUUAUUAAGUAAUAUUUAAUUUUAAAGGUUAUAAAAUUAUAUUUUCAGUCCUUUUAUUUCACUAUUAUACAAGGACUACAUAAGCUUAGGUGGACUGAAAUAAGCGCUGAUUUUCUUGACAAUGAAUACCAAAGUCUGACUGUUAUUUGUGAAGUUAGCAGAUGAAAUUGAGCACUACGGUGCUGUACUUUGUUCAGGUCAUUUCAAAGGAGUAAUGCAUACUGAAUGUACACUUUUCUCACAAGAAGACUUUAGGAUUAUUAGACUAAUAUUGAUGAAACACACAUUGUAUAUUGUGAUGGUAGAAAUACAUAUGGCUUGUGUCUAAUACAGAUGAUGAAGACAAAACAGAUACUAGGAAAGAAUUAAGGUGCAAUGCUUUUCUUUCUUUCGUUUUCUUUUUUUCUGAGAUGUUAUGCUCUUAACAAAAGAGAUCUGUUGGUAAGGUUAGACCAGAUUACUUUCAUCACUACUGUUAGGAUGGAUCAGGAAAUGCUGUGAUACCUUAAAGUGGGUUUAAUAUAUUUUUGGGUCAUGCCAGGGCGAUUAUGUCACCUGAUUUGGUAAUGAAAUAAAUGCAGAGGGAGUAAACAUGAAUUGUAUGGCCAAUAAUAGGGAUAACAUGUUCACACUCAUAUUAUUUGAUGAAAAACACAUUAUCACACCAUUGAAGCAAGUGACAAAUAACAAGCUGUAACCCUGAUUAGGACCUAACAGUAACUGUGGGGUCUUUCAUGCCAAGGGAUACUGAUACUUAGUUUUUGUAACUCACUGACAAACAGGUGAAACCAUCAUGUUUUCUGCCUUUGUGUAUAGUGUUUACAAUCUGUUUGCCCAAUAGAUUGUUAUGAAGUGUUCUAUUACUUUCAUAGUGAAGGAAGAGAGCUAGAGUAUAACCAUAUUUUUGAGUCUCUCUUUUUUAAUCACAACUGCUACUUUACUAACUUUAUUUACCCGUCAGUUUCAACAGACUAUGUACAUCUUCUAUUGCAAUUAAAGAUUGAUUUCUUCUGUAAAA